UUCUUGUUUGUAUUUGUACUUUUUUUAUGAAUAAAGUGUUCUUUCUUACUGAAAGAAAAUAAAAUAAACUUAUAUGUUAGCACGUUUGGUAUCUAGUUUCGGCUUGGAAAAUUUCCUGAUAUAUUUAUCCAGCACGAGCGGGAGGGGGAGUGGGAACGAGAGAUGGCUUCGCCGCCGGAGAACGAUUGCUGCUCGGUUUGCCAUGAUGAUUUCACUCUCCCCUGUCAGGCCAAUUGCUCCCAUUGGUUCUGCGGACGUUGCAUAUUACGUGUGUGGCAUCAUGGUUCUGCUCUUCAACCUUGCAAAUGUCCCAUAUGUCGGCGUUUGAUAACUUUGCUGGUACCUACUGAUGCUGCACUAAGUCAACGCCAUGAUCUGGAAGCCAGUCAAGUUCUGGAAGACAUAAGGAAGUACAAUCAUUUGUUUGGUGGAGCUCCAAGAAGCCUCAUUCAGAGGUUAUGGGACCUUCCAUUUUUCAUUCGGAGGUUGUCAAGAGAACUGAUGGACCCUCAAAGGUCACUUCCUCUGGUCAUCAGGGCACGAGUGAUUUUUGCAAUGGUACUUAGUGCGAUCUAUGUAUUUAGCCCAGUGGACAUUCUUCCAGAAGGAGUUUUGGGGUUAGUGGGUUUGUUGGAUGAUUUCUUCAUUCUGCUGAUUGUUUUUCUCCACCUGGCUGCUAUAUAUCGAUCAGUACUUGUUUAUCGCCAUGGAGGCUUUUGAAUUAAAUGGUUGUUCGUGGUCUAGACAUUGUGUGCAUUGUGAAACUUAUUUUGCCAAUAAAUCUCUCAAAAUAACAGUCACUAGUUGAAUUCAUUUGAAGAAUGUUAUUUUUUUGGUGUUGCUUCUUGUCUAGUGUUUCUAAUAACAAUCUGUUUUGCAGUACAAAGUAACAUAUACCAAAUUGUCAUUUAUAGGGAGUUCUUCGUACAUGUUAAUUUUAUUUGUUGCAGGAGUAUAGAAACGUGACUCUUAAAAGAUCAAAGUAUCACAUGUCUUGUGCUGGUGUUUAUGGUGAUUGCAAGGGAAGCACAAAACACACGCUUUUUUGAUGUUUGAAAAGUCACGUUUCUGUACUCCUGUAGCAACAUGACUUUUAAAAAAUCAAAGUAUCAUAUGUCUUGUGCUGGUGUUUAUGGUGAUUGCAAUGGAAGCACAAAACGCACGCUUGUUUGAUGUUUGAAAAGUCACGUUUCUGUACUCCUGUAGCAAAUAACUGGAAAUACAUAAAGAACUCCUUACAAAUGACAAUUUGGUAUAUAUUACUUUAUAUUGCAAAACAAACAGCUAUCGCGAACACCGGACAGGAAGUACCAUCAAAGAAAUCUCACUCUCCAAAUGAAUUUACCAGUUGACUGUUAUUUUGAGAGAGGAAAAAGAUCUGAUAUCAUAGUUUAUAAUUUCAAUUGAUGCUCAAAAACUCUGGAGAAAAUAGUAUGAUAAGUUACAGGGUUAAGAGGGUGUAAGAUAGAGAGAACAAAUUGUUUCUGUUGUAGAAUUGUUGCUAUGAGCACCAAGCGUGCAAAGCUCCUGUACCAGAUUCUGAAUCUGAAUGUUUUUCAAACAGCCUUUACAAGAGAUGUUAGGUCAUAUUACAGAAAUAUACUGCUUCCUUUUCUCGUGGACGUAA